AUGCCCUCUGCUUCUUUAUUAGUUUAUUUGCUUUUAGCAUUACUCAUUCAUUUCACAUCUGGAGAAACAGAAGUGAAGUUCAGUGGACAAACAGAAUUUGUAGUUAAUGAAACAAGUACAACUGUUAUACGUCUUGUAAUUGAAAGGACAGGGAAGCCAGCUAACAUCACAGCAAUUGUGUCGAUUGAUGGAGAAAACACAGGAGACUUUUUUGACACAUAUGCAGCUGCGUUUAUACCCGAGACAGAAACAAACCGAACAGUGUAUAUAUCUGUCUGUGAUGAUGAUCUUCCAGAGGCUGAUGAGACAUUCACAUUUUACUUGACACUACCAAAACCAUCUGCAAGGAUAAAGCUUGGCUCACCCAAAUCUGUCACUGUAACAAUCUUAUCAAAUGACAAUGCCUUUGGAAUAAUUUCUUUUAACAUGUCUGCCUUAAUCACAGUGAGUGAGCCCAGGGGCAGAAAUGAAUUUGUGCCUCUCACUCUAAUUAGGGAGAGGGGAACCUACGGGACGGUCAUCGUAACUUUUGAGAUAGAAGAUGGACCAAACCCAGCUGAAGAAGACUUAAGUCCAGCUAGGGGAAAUAUUACAUUUACCCCUGGGAGAUCAAUGCUGAUUUAUAAUGUAACAGUGCUUGAUGAUCAGAUACCUGAAAAUGAUGAAUUGUUCAUUGUGCAUCUGAGGAGCGUGGAGGGAGGGGCAGAAAUCAACAACACAAAAAAUUCUGUUCAGAUUAAUAUUAAGAAAAAUGACAGUCCUGUGCGUUUUGUUCAGAGUGCUUAUAUGGUGCCUGAGGAAGCUGAUGUGGUAACAAUUCAAGUGGUUCGUGGUAAGGAUGUCAGUGGAAAAUUAGUUGGACCUGAUGAACAUGAAGUCUCUGUCAGUUACACCAUCAUAACUGGGAAUUCAACAGCACAUGCACAGCUUAAUGUAGACUUCCUAGAUCUACAGCCAAAUACAACUAUUGUUUUCCCACCUCUAGUUCAUGAAGCGUGUAUGAAAUUUAAGAUCCUUGAUGAUGCCAUACCAGAAAUUGCUGAGACCUUUCAGAUUAUGCUUCUUAAGGACACUUUGCAAGGAGAUGCUGUUUUGGUUAAUCCAUCUGUUGUUCAUGUCACCAUCCAACCGAAUGAUAAACCCUAUGGAGUGCUAUCAAUCAACAGUAUCGUGUUUGCUCAGACUGUUAUCAUUGAUGAAGACCAAAUUUCAAGGUUUGAAGGGAUCACGAUUGUAAGAAAUGGUGGAACACACGGAAAUGUUUCUGUUACCUGGGUUAUAAUCCGAAAUAGCAGUGAUCCCUCACCUGUGACUGCAGACCUCAUUCCAGAGACCGGGGAGAUAUGUUUUGAUCAAGGACAGAUGCUGGUAACACUUCCUCUGAACAUUAUUAAUGACGAUAUACCAGAAGAGGCAGAGCCCUAUCUUCUGAAACUCUUAGCUCAUACGAUACAGGGAGGUGCAGAAGUCAGUGAACCAUCUGAGCUUCUGUUUUACAUUCAGGACAGUGAUGAUGUUUAUGGCCUCAUAAAAUUUUAUCCUUUGGAGAAUCAGAAGAUUGAAAGUAAUCCAACGGGACGCUUUUUAUCCUUGAGUUUUGCAAGGGAGAGAGGAACAGUUGGAGAUGUGCAGUUGAUUUAUACUGCACUGUAUAUUCCAGCUGGAGCUCUGGAUCCUGAGAGAGCGAAAGAUGGCAUUCUAAAUAUGUCUAGAAGAAGCAUGCUCACGUUUCCAGAAGGAAAAAUGCAAGAUACUUUAAAUAUACCAAUAAGAAAUGAUGCAUUUCUUCAAAAUGGUGCUCAUUUCCUUGUACAGGUAUCUCAAUUGUGUUUUGAGCUGGUGAAUAGAAUUCCUCUAGUCCCACCUGUGAGUCCUAGAUUAGGUGAGAUGAGAAAUAUUUCUCUGAGGGUUACUCCAGAUAUUGCAAAUGGAGAAAUAGGCUUUACUAGCAAUCUUCCAAUUAUUCUUUCUGAGCCGGAAGACUCAGCUGCUACAGUGAUUUCCAUUGCAUUGCAUCGAGAUGGGACGGAUGGUCAAGCAACUGUGUUUUGGAGUUUGAAACCCUCUGGUGUCAAUCUGAAGGCAGUAACACAUGACGAUAUAAGUCCUUUUAAUGGCUCCGUUGUUUUCUUAUCUGGACAAAGUGAUACUACAAUCAACAUUACUAUUAAAGCUGAUGAUAUACCUGAAAUGAAUGAAACUGUGUUAUUAACUUUGGACAGGGUCAGUGUGGAAAAUCAAAUACUGAAAUAUGGGUUUACUACUUGUGAAAUAAUUAUUUUGGAAAAUGAUGAUCCUGGAGGAGUGUUCGAAUUUUCUCCCUCUUCCAGAGGUCCCUAUAGUAUCAAGGAAGGGGAGUCUGUGGAACUGCAGAUUGUCCGCAGCAGAGGAAGUCUGGUCAGGCAGUUUCUACGCUACACUGUAGAACCAAGAGACAAUAAUGAGUUUUAUGGAAGCACAGGAAUUCUGGAGUUUAAGCCUGGUGAAAGAGAGAUCAUAAUUACUCUUCUGACAAGGAUGGAUGGGAUUCCAGAGCUGGACGAGAUAUAUUCUGUGGUUCUCAGUGGCUACAGUGAAAAGCCAGGCAAGUUGGGGAAUGCCACAAUGGUCAAUAUAACCAUUUUGAAGAAUGAUGAUCCACAUGGUGUCAUUCAGUUUCUACCUGAUGAACUAUCAGUAACAAUAAAGGAAAGUAAAGGAGAAAUCAUCUACUCUGCUGCUUACAGAGUUGUAAGAAACCAAGGAAACUAUGGCAAUGUUAGUGUGUCUUGGGUUGUUGACCCAACAUAUACCAAUGACAUCUAUCCAGAACAAGGGACUAUUUUCUUUGAUAAUCUGGAGUUUUCAAAAAAUAUCACCAUUUACUCACUGCCAGAUGAGGUACCUGAAGAGAUGGAAGUAUUCAUCAUCAGCUUAUUCAAUGCUACUGGCGGAGCCAGGCUGGGCAAUAUAACCAGUGCAACUUUACAAAUUACAGGGAAUGAUGAUCCCAUUUAUUUUGCAGAACCUCUGACAGUGAGCGUUAAAGAAGGAAGCGUUGCAAGCUUUACAGUCCUAAGGAAUGGAUCUGCUGAUGUUGCUGUUGCUGUCCAGUAUAUUACUGUUAAUGGAGAUGCAACAGCUGAAGAGGGAGACUUUGUUCCCAGUGGAAAGAGCAGUGUCAUUUUGUUCGAUGUUGGAGAAAGAGAGCAGAACUUAUCUGUGUGUAUUAAUGAUGAUGAUACCCCUGAAACUGAUGAAACUUUUUAUAUCUUCCUUUUGAAUUCUACAGGGGAUACUGUUAUCUUUAAGGCUGGAGUGGCUACAGUUAUUAUUGAAGCAAAUGAUGAUCCUAAUGGAAUUUUCUCCUUGGACACUUUAGAGAAGCCAGUGGAAGAAGGCAAAAUUAACAAUUUUUUGAUUUUGAGACAUAGAGGACACUUUGGCAAUGUCUCGUUGACCUGGCAGCUGUUUGAUAAUGACUCUGCACUGAGGCCAGGAGAAGAGUUCUAUGAAACUUACGGGACUGUGUUCUUCAUGGAUGGUGAAGGAUCAAAGCCAAUAACACUCCAUGCUAUUUCGGAUGGAAUUCCUGAAUUCAAUGAAUUUUACAUUCUAAAGUUGGUGAAUGCUUCAGGUGGGUCUCCUGGUCCUGGCGGUCAGUUAUCUGAAACAAGCCUUGCUGUAACCGUGAUGAUCCCAUUCAAUGAUGACCCUUUUGGAGUCUUUGUUAUAGAUCCAGAGAGCCAGGACAGAGAGAUAGUGGAAGAUGUUCUUUCUGAAGAUGAUCUUUCCUGUAUUACAGACUUCACCAUCUGGAGACAACAAGGCACCUUUGGUGUUGUCCGCUUAGGCUGGGAAAUACUGUCUAGUACAUUCCAAGCUGGACUACCAUCAAUGGUAGACUUCUUGUUGCUGGGAUCAUUUCCAAGUUCAGUACAAUCCCAGCCUCACAUGAGGCGCCAUCACAGUGGAACAGAUGCUUUGUAUUUCAGUGGAAAAGAGGAUGCAUUUGGCAUUAUUGGUCCGGAAUACCCAUACAAUGGAAAUACUGCAGUAACCAAUUUUACAUUUUCAGCGUGGUUAAUUCCUAACAUCAGUACUGAUGGUUAUAUAGUUGAAAAGGAUGAUGAUAAUGGGACCUUAUAUUAUGGUGUGAAAAUCCAAACAAAUGAUUCUCAUGUUUCUGUAGUGCUUCAUUAUACAGCAUUAGGAUCCAAUAUGACAUAUGUGGCUAAAGCAGCAGUCCUGAAAUAUCUGGAUGAAAAUACUUGGCUUCACCUUCUGAUUACUCUGGAUGAAAGUAUAAUUGAAUUUUACAUGGAUGGAAUUCCAGUUCUGGGAGGAAUGAAGAGCCUUAAAGGAGAAGCAAUUGCUGAUGGUCCAGGAAUAGUGAGAAUUGGAGCAGGAAUCAAUGGCAGUGGUAGGUACACAGGGCUAAUGCAGGAUGUAAGGCUUUAUGAGCGUAAAUUGACACGAGCAGAGAUCUAUGAGCUCCACGCAACUCCUGCGAAGAGUGAUGUCCACCCUGUCUCUGGGUAUUUGGAGUAUCGGCAAGGAGAGACCAAUAAAUCGUUCAUUGUGUCUGCAAAGGAUGACAAAGAGGAAGAAGGAGAGGAGUUAUUCAUCCUAAAGCUCAUUUCUGUGCGUGGUGGAGCUCGAAUUUCACAAGAAAAUACCACAGCAAGAUUAAGAAUACAGAAAAGUGAUAAUGCUAAUGGUUUAUUUGGCUUCACUGGAGCAUGUAUUCCUGAGACUGCCGAUGAGGGUUCCACUAUAUCCUGUGUCGUGGAGCGUACAAGGGGAGCCCUAGACUAUGUGUAUAUAAAUUACAUUAUCUCGCAGGUUGAUUCCACUGGCAUUAAUUACUCUGUUACCGAUUUUUCUAACAGCACUGGCACUAUCACAUUCCUUCCUUGGCAGAGAUCAGAGGUCUUAAAUUUGCAUGUUAUUGAUGAUGACAUUCCGGAGCUAAAUGAAUAUUUCCGUGUGACAUUAGUCUCUGCAGUGUCUGGAGAUGGAAAACUAGGUUCAACUCCUACCAGUGGAGCAAGUAUAGAUUCAGAAAAGGAAACUACUGAUAUCAGCAUCAAAGCCAGUGACCACCCAUAUGGUCUACUACAGUUCUCUGUGGGACCACCUCCUCAGCCAGGUGAUGAAAUGAUUCUGCCAGCCUCUGCUGUGCCCCAGAUUACAGUUAAAGAAGAAGUUGGACACAUCAGACUACUGGUAGUUCGUGCGCAAGGCCUUCUUGGAACAGUUGUGGUGGAAUACAGAACAGUGCCACUUACAGCUUUCAGUCCUAAAGAUUAUCAGGCUGUUGUGGGCACACUGGAAUUUCAGCCAGGAGAAAGAUACAAGUACAUUACUGUUAACAUCACUGAUAAUUCUAUUCCUGAAUUAGAAAAAACUUUUCAAGUGGAGCUGUUGAACCCAGAGGGAGGAGUUGCUGAGCUCUUUAGAAAUGAUGGCAGUGGUAGUGGUGAUGGGAACAUGGAUUUCUUCCUUCCAGUUGUCCAUCAACAUGCUAGCUUGGGAAUUGCAUCCCACAUCUUUGUGACUAUUGAGGCUUCUGAUGACGCUCAUGGUGUGUUUGAGUUCAGUACUGAGUCACUCUCGGUAAAUGGAACUGAGCCUGAAGAUGGAGAUAGCAAUAUUGUGCUGCAGGUUGUGAGAACGCAUGGGGCCUUGUCUCAAGUGACACUGCAUUGGAUCAUAGUCUGUGAUCUUACCAAAGACCUGAUCUCUACAGAUGGGAAUGUAACGUUUGAUGUUGGCCAAACGAGAGCAAAUAUUACAGUACAGGUUUCUCCUGAUGAAACUCCUGAAUUGGAUAAGGUGUUUUCAGUUUUGAUCAUCAAUGUCUCCAGUGGUCAUCUUGGAAAUCAUACUAAUGCAACAUUAACUAUUUUAGCUAAUGAUGAUCCAUAUGGAGUCUUCAUCUUUUCUGAGCAAAACAGACCAAUAAAAGUUGAGGAAGAGACAAAAAAUAUCUCCCUGACAAUAAUAAGGCGUGGUGGUCUCCUUGGUACAGUAAUGAUAACAUACAGAACUAUUGGUGAUGAUGAACACUCACCCUUUCUUCCACCUGAAGUUAUUAGAGCAACAGAGGGAAAAGAUUAUAUACCCAUUACAGGUUACAUGAUCUUCGCAGCCAAUGAAAGUGAGACCACAAUAUCUUUGCCUAUAUUGGAUGAUGAUGAUCCUGAGAGGUCAGAAUCUGUUUUUGUGGAGCUAAGCAGUACUGUUUUGAUCGAGAAAGUACAGGAUCGGCCAAUUGUAAAUUCUCCUCGACUUGGACUAGUGGGUGAGACAAUAGCUCAUGUAAUUAUCAAUGCCAAUGAUGAUGCUUUUGGAACACUUCAGCUUUCAGCUUCAACUGUGCGAGUUGCUGAAAAUUAUGUUGGACCAAUCAUUAAUGUGACCAGAAGUGGGGGAAUAUUUGCAGAUGUUUCUGUGAAAUUUAAAGCUAUGCCAAUAACUGCAACAGCUGGCGAGGACUACAGUGUAGCCUCAUCAGAUGUUGUCUUACUAGAAGGAGAAACAAGUAAAGCUGUGCCAAUUUAUAUAAUUAAUGAUAUCAACCCUGAAGUUGAGGAGUCAUUUUAUGUUCAGUUGCUGAAUCAAACAACAGGAGGAGCCUUGCUUGGAUCUUUGACUAGGGCAAUCAUAACUAUUGAGGCUUCUGAUGAUCCAUUUGGAUCCUUUGUUUUUCAGAUUACUGAAUUCACUGUGGAGGAACCUGAAUUUGGAUCAGUAACCAUAAAUCUGCCAAUAAUUCGCAAUGCUGGGACACUCGGUAAUGUUACUGUUCAGUGGGUUGCUACCAUUAACGGACAUCCUGCUGAUGCUGACUUGCAGGUCACCUUGGGUAAUAUUACUUUUGCCCCUGGGGAAGCCAUUCAGAUGUUGCUGUUGGAGAUCCUGGCUGAUGAAAUUCCAGAAAUAGAAGAAAUUGUCCAUGUAGAAUUAACUCAGGCCUCCAAUGGUGGUGCUAUUGGGUUAGAUGGCGUGGCAAAUAUUAUAAUACCUGCCAAUGAUAAUCCUUAUGGCACAGUUUUCUUUCAUCAAUCCUUAUAUCGAAUUCAGGAGCCACUAGAGAGAAAUUUGCUUGCAAAUAUAACAGUCAGGCGAAGCGGGGGAAGGUUUGGUCAGCUACAGAUAUUUUACAGCACUUCUGAGACCGAUGUCGUAGCUCUUGCCAUUGAGCAAGGUCAGGAUAUCCUGGCCUGUUACGAGUCUCCUGUACAAGGAAUUCCCGACCAACCAUCCAAGACCAGAGUGAAUGUGUCGGCAGCAAGUGACCCACUGUAUGCCUGUGCAACUCAGUGCCUAAAAGAACAAGCAUGUUCAGCCUUUACAUUUUCCAGUGCCUCUGAGAUUCCUCUCUGCCUUUGGCUGACAUCAGAGAUCAGCCCAUUAACUAACACUUCAGGAUUCUGGACCUACAAGAAAAAUAUCACCAGUGCAUCCACUCUCUUUAGCACACAAGCCAUCGCUGGUAGUGAUUAUGAAUCUGCUACAGGACAGCGGGCCAUAAUGGAGGAAGGGGAAGAGUUUGCAAAUCUCUCAGUUACCAUACUCCCUGACAGUCUGCCAGAGUUGGAUGAGAAAUUCACUAUAUCCCUUUUGAAAGUUGAACUAAUGAACAUCUCAGCCAGCUUAAAAAAUCAGCCGACUAUAGGACAGCCAAAUACUUCCACAGUUAUCAUAAUGAUGAAUGGAGAUGCAUUUGGAGUAUUUAAGAUCUACAGCAUAAGUCCCAAUGCGACAGAGAAAGGUCUGUAUAUUGAAGUAGAAGAACGUCCUCAGACCAACGUGCAGCUAAUGGUACAUAGGACAGAAGGCAGCCUGGGACAGGUGGCAGUGGAAUGGCAUGUGGUUGGUGGAACUGCUACCCCAAACUUGGAUUUUGUAGGUGUUGGUGAGACUCUGGUGUUCGCUGAAGGGGAAACAAAAAAGAUGGUCACACUGACCAUUUUAGAUGAUCCAGAGCCAGAGGAUAAUGAAAGUAUCAUAAUCAGCCUGGUCCAUACUGAAGGAGGGAGUCGGAUUCUGCCCAGUUUUGACACUGUCACAGUGAUUAUUCUGGCAAGUGACAAUGUGGCGGGAAUUAUUAGCUUCCAGACAGCCUCAAGAUCUGUUAUUGGUCGUGAAGGAGAACAGCUGCAAUUCCAUAUUGUAAGAACUGCCCCAGGACUGGGAAAUGUUACUGUUGAAUGGAAGAUAGUUGGGCAUAAUGUAAAACAAAAUUUUGAAAACUAUUCUGGAAUACUCUUUUUUCCUGAGGAGACAUUGAAUACAACAUUGUAUGUUCACUUGCUGGAUGACCAUAUUCCUGAAGAAAAAGAAGAAUACCAGAUCAUCCUAUACAACAUCAAAACAGAAGGAGUUUCUUCUUCAGGUGCUGCUGUUUUGGAUAGUCAAGGAUAUGAAGCUGUUCUGACAGUAGAAGCUAGUGAUGAACCACAUGGAGUCUUGAAUUUUGCUUCCCCAUCCAGGGUAGUUUUAAUGCCAGAGGAAAACAAAACCGUUCAGCUUUUUAUUAACAGAGAAUUUGGAUCUUUAGGUGCUAUCAAUGUUACGUAUGCCACAGUUCCAGGAUUGCUCACCCUAAGUAAUCAGACAGAGGGGACCUUGGCUGAACCAGGAGCUGAUUAUAUAGCUGUUUCUGGCUCACUGAUUUUGGAAGAAGGAGAAACAUCAGCUGCCAUAAACGUUACAAUUCUAGAGGAUGAUGUACCAGAGGUGCAAGAAUUCUUCUUGGUUAAUUUAACUUCAGUGGAACUCAUCAUGAACCAUUCAACUUUAUCCCCACCUCGGCUGGAUGUGGAAGGUUUAGCUUCUCAAAUUAUUAUUGAUGCUAAUGAUGGAGUAAGCGGAGUAAUUGAAUGGGAAAGUACCAAUUUUGAAGUUAAUGAAUCUCAUGGGAAUCUAACAAUAAUGGCAUACCGAAACAGAGGAUCAUAUGGCAACGUGUCUGUAUUUUUUUAUGCCCAAAAUUUGGAGGCACAGCUGGGUUUGGAUUUUAAUGUGACCUCAAGGACUCUUUUUUUUGCUGAUGGAGAAAGGAAUAAAUCGGUUGUUGUUAUGAUUUUUGAUGAUGAUAUUCCUGAAGGUGACGAGAAGUUCCAGUUAAUUUUAACAAAUCCCUCUCUGGGGCUGGAAUCUGGGGAGAACACAACAGCCACAAUUACUAUACUUGCCAAUGAUGAUGGCCAUGGAGUUUUGUCAUUCAAUAACAGCGAUCACUUCUUCCUAAGGGAGCAAACAGCUCUCCAUUUGAUGGAAAGUGUUGCAGUAUUAAAUAUUAUUAGAGAACCUCCUCAGGGGAUAUUUGGCACCGUGACUGUUCAAUAUCUUGUAAGUGAAAUUAAUUCUUCAGAGGCAUCAGUGGAUUUGACCCCUUCUCAAGGAUAUAUUGUGCUGGAAGAGGGAGUCAGAUUCAAGGCGCUGCAUAUUUCUGCAAUACUGGAUGAAGAACCAGAAAUGGAUGAGCACUUUGUGGUCACCCUGUUCAAUCCAACUGGAGGAGCCAGACUAGGCACAAGAGUGCAAACUAUGAUUACAGUAUUACAGAACCAGGCUCCACUAGGGCUUUUCAGCAUCUAUCCAGUUACAAAUAGGACAGAUUUCCUCAUAAUUGAAGAAGCCAACACUACAGUUUAUUUGAAAGUUUCACGGAGUAAUGGGCUCAACGUGUCUGUGAGUGUUGAGUGGGAGACAUUGUCGGACACUGCAUUUGGCAUCAGGGGUAGUAUCAGUGUCCUGUCUGUCUUGCAAAGUUUUGUGGAAGAGUCAGCGUCUAGCUGGUGUUUCUUUACAUCAGGAGAAAUCCUGUAUGGUGUUCUGUUGCGUACACCUCCAGCUAUGUUUUCUACUGUCUACCAGUGGAAAGGAGUUUUUGUUCCUGUCGAGAAUUUCAGUAUGUGGAAUCCUAAGAGCUGUGAGUCUUUCCAAAUCCGUGCCUCUCCCUACCUUGUGAUUACUCAUGGAGGAGCCAGGCAGGAAGCUUCCAACAACAGUGUGUAUGCAUUCAUGCCUGGACGCAGGCUGUUGAAGAUACAGACUCUUUCUAUUCUGGAUACCACACAUGUGAAACAUUUUGCUGUGGAUGAAGAAGACUAUUUGAUUUUUUUGAGUCACACAACCAGUUCCAGUUCCAUCCAGGUUUUCCAGUGGAAUAAAGAUAUAUUUGUGCUGCAUCAUCAACUUCCACUUCAUAGAGCUCUGAACAUAGCCUUGUUUCCUAGAGGAGGUGCUAUGUACCUAUUAGUUUCUUUGUCAAAUACCAGCCAGAACAUGCUCUUGUACCAGUGGUUGGAUAAUGAGUUUAGGAAUCUUCAUCAAUUACCAGCAAAAGAAAUAAAACAUAUGGAGGCCUGGAUUUCUGGAUCUGAUAUCUAUUUAAUUAUUGCAAAAGGUAUUUUUGUAGAAUCUGGAAAUUCUUCUGAAAUUUUCAUCUGGGAGACAGGGCAGUCUACCUUUAGACACUUUCAGUCUCUUCCAGUCUGCGCUGUAAGAAACAUCCAUGUUUUCAUGCCUCCUUCAGGUUUAGUUCACAUCCUCCUAUCUGGUAAGGACACAACAGCGCUGUAUUCUUGGAACUCGGAAAGGAACCAGUUCUCUGUAAUGCUGGAAGCACCAUAUGCGGAUCAUAUCAUUUCAGCUACUGCAAGGUCUCUCAACUCCAGCAAGAGCUUGAUUGCUCUGUCCGUAGAGUCCAACUCCCAGAUAUAUGAGCUGACCACUAUCUCCAACCAGUCAGAUUUUAUACCUAGUUCAGGUGAAUUGAUAUUUGAGCCUGGGGACAUGGAAGCUGUGAUAGCAGUCAAUAUUCUGGAUGACAUCAUCCCAGAGGAGGAAGAAUGCUUCAAAGUGUGGUUGAAAAACCCUAAGGGAGGUGCAGAGAUUGGUGUUCAUGGUUUUGUUAACAUAAUUAUUCCUUCCAAUGACAAUGCUUAUGGAGUCAUUGCAUUUGCUCAGAGUUCUUUAUUUAAGCAAGUUGAAGAGAUGGAACAGGACAGCUUAAUCACCUUGAAUAUUGAACGUUUAAUAGGAACAUAUGGACGAGUUACAGUAGAAUGGAUCGCUAAUGGGAGCAUAAGUGAUGUAUUUCCAGCUUCAGGAAUGAUUUCCAGCCAUGUUAAAAUCCAGUGUUUCCUGCUAGCCAAAGCUCUUGGGCGAGUAAAUUCAACUACUCUUAGUUUACAAAUUCUUCGAGAACAAGGGUUUGUUGGAGAGAUUGCAGUUCAGCUGAGCACCGCACCUAACUUUGAACUCCCCCUCUCCAACCAAGCAACAGAGAAUGAGGAUUAUAUACUGGAAAAGAAGACAAUCAUUAUGGCAGAGAACGCAACAACAACUUCUGUUGUAGUCACUAUUUUGCCUGACAAUGUUCCAGAAUUACAGGAAGGAUUUAUAAUCAAUAUUACUGGUGUGCAACUGGUUGAUUCUACCACUGGAGGUCAGCCAAGCGUGAAGAGGCUUGGGUUAGAAAUAGCUGAGAUAACAAUUGAAGAAAAUGAUGAUGCCAGAGGCAUAUUUAGUUUCAAUGUUACAAAGGAUAUAACUGGAGCUGUUGCUGGUUAUGAGGUACCGCCACCACAGAAUAUACUGAAACUUCCAGUUGUUCGACAGGCUGGGCGGUUUGGGUCAGCAACUCUGUAUUGGGAAGCCAUUCAUUCAACUGCUAGCUUUGAAGACUUCACACCGUCAUUUGGAAACCUUACAUUUGCAGAUGGGCAGGCUACAGGAGAAAUAGAAAUUACAAUCAUAGAUGACAGUGAUGUUGAAUUCCUUGAGAUAUUCAAGAUUGCCCUGGUGAGGGUAACAGGUGGUGCAAGACUUGGGGAUGACACCCUGGUAGCUGUUGCUAUUCCACCAAAUGAUUCCCCUGUUGGAGUAUUUGGGUUUGAAGAAAAGAAUGUAGCAGUGAAGGAACCUCAGACACCUGAUGACCCUGCUGCAGUUGUAUUGCUCACUGUAAGUCGAAAUCAAGGAGGACAAGGAGCAGUUAAAGUGUUAUGGAUUCUUGAGGAAGCAGCCAGAUAUGAUCUGACCCCUCUGAAUGGUACCCUCCACUUCAAUGAGACUGAAUCCCAGAAGUUGAUUGUUUUGCAUGCGGUACAAGAUGGUCUACUGGAGGGGAAUGAAACAUUUACCAUUCAGCUAGUCUCUACUGGUGAUGCAGAGAUAUCCCCUGUAAAUGGUGUUGCAACCGUCACUAUUGUGGGCGAUGAAGGAGCUUCCGGGGUGGUUGGGAUAGCCCAUUCAUCUAAGCAUGUUCUGAUUGGAGAACCUUCGGGAAAUUACAAUGGAACUGCUCUUAUUAGCCUUAUACGUGGUCCAGGGAUUUUUGGUGAGAUUGUUAUAUAUUGGAAUAUAACACCUGCUCAUCACACAGAAUUUAUUGAGAUAUCGGGGACCUUGACAAUGCGAGAUAGGCAGUCUGCAGCAGUUGUUCUAAUACAGGCUGUAGAUGACAACCGUCCUGAGGAGAAGCAUUACUACCAGUUUCAACUAACUGGAAUCAGUGAUGGAGGACUCAUAAAUGAAUCUGGCAGCACAGCAAAUAUUACCAUGGCCGCCAGUGAUUUUCCGUAUGGAGAGUUUACAUUUUCACAGGAACUAUUGCAAACAACAGAAGAAGAAAAAUGGUAUGGCAAAGUGCAUCUUUGCUUUCAGAUAAUAAAUGGGACUGCAGAGGAGGCAAUUGAUUUCACUCCCACAGUAAGGGAAUUGUUGUUUGAACCACAUGAGGAGAAUAAAAUGAUUUUGGUUGAAAUUCAUGAUGAUGACUUUCCUGAAGGUCCUGAAGACUUUUCAGUGAUGAUUACCAAAGUGGAACUGCAAGGAAGUGGAUUUGAUUUUACUGUGAAAGAAAAUGGUCUACAGAUGGAUCAACCUCCAAUAAUAGGAAAUAUCUCCACAGUACGAGUCACUAUAGCAAAAAGUGAUAACGCAGAAGGCAUCAUAGAAUUUGAUCCACAGUAUAUCCUUCUACAGGUGGAAGAGGAUGCUGGAUUAAUCAUGAUUCCUGUUGUGAGAAAACGUGGAACUUAUGGCUAUGUAACUGCUGAUUUUCUUUCUCGAAGUAUUUCUGCACUUCCCAAUGGUGUUGACUAUGUCAUCCAUAAUAAUUCUGUCAUUUUUUAUCAUGGCCAGAACCAGACUUUUAUUUAUAUCUCUAUUAUAGAUGAUGAAGAAAGUGAAUUUGCAGAGCAAUUUGAAAUCCAGCUGACAGGAGCCACUGGUGGAGCAGUCCUUGGGCUCCACCUAGUGAGCCAGGUCACUAUUGCUAAAAGUGACUCCCCCCAGGGCAUCAUCCGGUUUCUCAACCAAAGUCGAAUUAUUCUUCCUAAUCCUGAUACACCCACGGCAGUGUCCCUAGUGCUGGAAAGGACUGGGAGAUUGUUAGGGGAGACACAGAUUAAUUGGGACAUCUUGGGGCCCAAUUCAGAAGAGAUUUUAUCUCCCCUGAAUAGUGACAUUGGUGACCCUGUGAAUGGAUCAUUCUAUUUUGGAGAAGGAGAAGGAGGUCUGAGAGCUAUUAAUCUACAGAUCUAUCCUCACGAAGAAGCUGAAGUUCAGGAGAUCUUCAUUAUUAGACUGAGUCUUAUGGAAGGUGAAACAGAAAUAGAUCCUAAGGCAAACAACGUUACACUAGUAAUACAGAAGUUUGGUGAUCCCAAUGGAAUUGUACAGUUUGCUCCUGAAUCAUUAACUGAGAAUAACUAUACAGAACCCUCAGCAGUGGAAGGGCCACAAAGUAUUACACUGUUUGUCAGACGAAUUCAAGGCACUCUGGGAAACAUAACGGUUUACUGGGAAAUACGUAGUGAAUCUGACAUCACAGGUGACUUUCUUAGGACAGAGGGGUCUGUUGUCAUUGCUGACCAGCAGAGUACAGCUGAGAUAAUUAUCUACCUGCUACCUGAUGAUGUUCCAGAACUGGAUGAAAACUAUAUGGUACAGCUGAUUUCAGUAGAAGGUGGAGCAGAUUUAGACCAAGAGAAAAGAAUUUCAAAGAUCAAUGUUUUUGCAAAUGAUGAUCCCUAUGGAGUGUUUGCCCUGUACUCUGAUCAGCAGUCAGUAUUAGUAGAGAGAAACCUGGAUCGGUAUAUUCAGAUUAAUGUAACUCGGCAUGCUGGGGCAUUUGGACAAGUGAUCGUUGAGUACCGUAUCUUGUCUCAUCAUGAAGAAGCGCUAAUUGCACCUCAGAAUGAGGUGGGAUACCUCACAGUAAAAGAUGGUGCCAGCUUUGGAGUGAAAAGAGUGCCAAUAAGCAGCCAGGCAUUUGUUUUACUGGGCUUGAAUUUUACUCUGGAACUGAUUAAUGUAAGCCUGGUUAGGGGAAGUGCCAAGGAUGUGCCUAAAAUAUUAGGAAAAGCAAAGUCAGCUGUUCUGCUUAUUCCUGAGGAAGCUGCCAAUUCACAGGUUGGCUUUGAAUCUGUGAUUGUACGACUUACAGACAUUGUAGCAGGGACAGGCCAGGCUGUCGUAACCAGAAAAGGAGUUUAUGGCUCUGUAAUAGUUAGCUGGAUUUCAGGAUACCCACCAGACCUAAUCACUGACUUUGCUCAGCCAGGCAAUAUUACUCCUCCAUUUGGUACUGUUGUAUUUUCCUCUGGUGAGCAAAGUAAAGUAAUUUCAUUUCAGGCUACUCCAAGCCUAAAUAAACAUGAGUCAUUUGCCAUCACUUUAACAGCAGUGCACAGCAAUGUGUCUGGUGGGGCUCGCCUGAGGUCAGGAUUUAGGAUAGCUGAAAUUGAGCCAAUGGGGAUCUUCCAGUUUGCUCUUAACUCAAGAUCUGUUUCAGUUGAAGAAGGUGUUCAGGCAGUCACACUACAUGUCCAAAGAUUGUUUGGUUUUCAAAGUAAUCUCACUAAAUUGACGUAUCAGACCAUUCCAGGAAGUGCCAAACCACUAGAGGACUUUAUACCCAUCUACAAUGGAGAGCUUAUGUUUUUACGUUUUCAGAUAAAUGCUGUGAUAGAAAUAUCAAUAAUUGAUGACACUGUGUCUGAAAUGGAGGAAUUAUUUUUUGUAAAUUUGACUGCUGUGGAAAUUUUGGAUGUUCAACCUGUGAAUCCUGACUGGAGUCCACGUCUGAAUCCAGCUUUCAGUGUUGCAACAGUUAAUAUCUUGGCUAAUGAUAUUCUUCAUGGAAUACUAAGUUUGGGGCCAGAGUUUAUUUAUGUUGAAGAAGAUGCAAACAACAGUACCCCCAACACAGUGAUACUUCAUAUCAGAAGGACCAAGGGUUUUACUGGUGAUAUUGAAGUAACUGUUAAAACCUUUGGGGGAGUGAGUGCACAGAGUGGCGUAGUUUCAUAUCCUUUUGGAAAUGUUUAUGGAAAAUCGAACUUCACAUGGGCAAUGGAAGGAGAAGAUUUUGAGGAACAGUCAGUCUCUCUGACUUUGCUGGACGGAGAAAGAGAAAGCAAGUUGUCCAUAAAAAUUUUUGAUGAUGAUGAGCCUGAAGGACAGGAAUUGUUUUACGUUUUCCUCUCAGAUCCUGAAUGUGGAGCUCAGAUUGUGGAAGGAAAGGAUGAAUAUGGAUUUGCUGCUUUUGCAACAGUAAUUAUUGCAGGAAGUGAUCUCCAGAAUGGCAUUUUGGGAUUCAUUCCAGAAGUACAAAGUGGUCUUGUACUUGAUGAAGACGCAGAAAACAGAGAGGUGCUGCUGAUUGUUGCAAGGCAACCAAACAGGGCUUUUGAAGAUGUGAAGAUCUUUUGGCGUGUGACCUUUAAUAAAACAGCCGUUGUCCUUCUGAAGGAUGGCAUGAACUUGGAGAAUGAACUUGUAUCUGUGCUGGGAGCCACUACCUGCAUGGCAGGUCAAACAAUAUGCAACAUCUCCAUUGAAAUAAAACCUGAUAAUGUACCUGAAUUUGAAACAUAUUUUUUUGUUGAACUGUAUGCUGUAAGCACAGGAGCUGCAUUGAACAGCAGUUCCAGAUUUGCUUUUAUAACAGUCCGUGAAAGUGAUGCUCCUCAUGGCUUAGUAUAUUUUGCUGUGGGAUCUCGUUUUGCGGUGGCUCACAAGAAGACAAAUUUAAUCAGUCUGCAAGUGCUUAGAGAUUCUAGUACAUCAGUAACCACAAUGGUUAGCUACAGCAUGCAGGAGCUACAAAAACCUGAAUCUAUUGGUCGGACCUUCAUAUCUCCAGCUGUGGCAGGACAAGAUUUUGCCAGAUCUGAAGGUUUAUUGACUUUUGAACCUGGACAGAGAAAUAAGUUUCUGGAUGUGACCCUGACUCCCAAGACAGGAUCUUUAAACCCAUUUCCUAAACGUUUCCAGGUUGUACUUUCUAAUCCCACAGGCGGUGCCAGAGUAGAUGACAUGUAUGGUAUUGCUAACGUCACCAUUGUCUCAGAUUUGGACUCCUUGCCGGUUUGGGGGCUGAUUGAUCAACUGCAUCAGCCUCUUGAUGACACCAUUUUACACAGAGUCCUCCAGAAUCUGAAUGUCAGAGUGGCUACAGAAACUACAGAAGAGCAGCUCACUGCUGUGAUGCAUAUAAUAGAUAAGGUUACAGAUGUAGGUGAAAAACAGUUACUCACUGAUAAAAGUAGAAGUCUUUUCUAUGAGAUACUCUGUGCUCUGGCUAGCCCGAAACGCGAGGACACACGAGGAUAUAGCCUGCUUGCUGAGGUGACUGAGAAGUUUGCUUUUUCCCUGUUGACUGGGAUAAUGUGUGGAUCGCCAGGAGAAAGAGGUAAAAAUAUCCUUGACAGCUGCCCGUACAUUGCAAUAAUGGCUCACAACUGGUUUCCUCAGCAAAUCAAUGGACACAGAUUUGAUGGAAAAGAUGGGGAUUCUAUUCAAGUACCUGAACGUUUACUAGAGGUCUCUGUUGUAUUAUCACCUCCUCAAGAAGAGAACUGUGAAUCUGUACAGUUCACAGAAUACAGCAGUCAGCAGUGGUUCCUUACUGGAGAUACAGAACUUGCCCUGAAGAAUAAGGUUUUUUCUAUGAGUUUGAAGGGUCGGAGUUCACACCCUUUGAAAGAUAACAAUGAAGUGAUUUAUCGGAUUUAUCCUGCAGGAAGUCGGAUUGUUCCACGAAAGUCUCUAUGUCUCCUCUGGAAUCAAGCUGCUGAAAGCUGGCUGUCAGAUAGCGGGUUCUGCAAAGUGGUUGAUGACACAUCAGACUAUGUGGAGUGCUCUUGUUCUCAUAUGUCCAUUUAUGCAGUUUAUGCCCAAACAGAUAACUUGUCUUCAUACAACGAGGCCUUUUUCUCUUCUGGAUUCAUCUGUAUUUCAGGUUUCACUUUGGCUAUUGCCUCGCACCUUUUCUGCACCAGGUGUGCAAUGUUUGCAGCUAAACUUCUCACUCACAUGAUGGUUGCUUGUUUGGGUACUCAGAUUUCAUUUCUGGCCUCUGCUUACAUGAGCCAACAUCUCUCAGAGGAAAGCUGCUCUGCCCUUGCAUCUGUUACCCAUUACCUUUACCUCUGCCAGUUCAGCUGGAUGCUUAUUCAGGCUGUUAAUUUCUGGUACGUCCUGGUGAUGAAUGAUGAACACACAGAGCGGCGCUAUCUGCUUUACUUCCUUUUGAGUUGGGGGCUUCCAGCUUUUGUUGUGAUCCUGCUUUUAAUUAUCCUGAGAGGAAUCUAUCAUCACAGCACAGCACAGAUUUAUGGCCUCGUCUACAGUGAUCUGUGCUUCAUUCCAAAUGCCUAUGCUGCUCUCUUCACCGCUGCUCUGGUGCCAUUAAUGUGCUUGGUAGUGGUUUUUGUGGUGUUCAUCCACGCCUACCAGGUGACGCCACAAUGGAAAGCGUACGAUGAUAUUUUCAGAGGAAGAACAAAUGCUGCAGAGAUCCCCUUGGUCUUGUACCUCUUUGCCCUGGUUUCUGUCACCUGGCUGUGGGGAGGACUGCACAUGGCUUACCGGCACCUCUGGAUGUUAGUCUUCUUCAUCAUCUUCAACAGCCUGCAGGGUCUUUAUGUCUUCGUGGUAUAUUUUAUCCUGCACAACCAACUUUGUUGUCCUGUGAAAGCAAGUUAUACUGUAGACAUGAAUGGGCAUACAACUCCGGGAUCGGCUUUUUUCACACAUGGCAGUGGUCUGCCGGCUGCAGGUGGAGAGAUCAGCAAGUCCACUCAGAACCUCAUCAGUGCUAUGGAAGAGGUGCCUGCAGACUGGGAGAGGGCAUCCUUGCAGCCUGCUAGUGCUGCCUUUAAGCAGAGUCCACAAAAUGGCAAUGUUUUCCACCCUUCUGGAGGAUUUAGUACCAGCUCAUUGGUUGCUGAUGAGGAAUCACAGGAGUUUGAUGACCUAAUAUUUGCUUUAAAGACUGGUGCAGGUCUCAGCGUCAGCGAUAAUGAAUCUUGUCAUGGCAGCCAGGACGGUGGCAGCAUGGCUAACUCCCAGAUCGUAGAGCUUAGAAGAAUACCCAUAGCAGACACUCACCUCUAGCUCCACGG